AUGGCCUCCGGGUCGGCGGAGGACAUCUGCCGCGUCUGCUUCCAGGGCCAAAGCUACGGCUCGCUAGUUCAGCCCUGCCUCUGCAGGGGGAGCAUCGGCUUCGCGCACAAGCCCUGCAUGGAGCGGUGGGUGUCCGAGCGCCGAGAAGAGGAGUGCAGCAUCUGCCACUACAACUACCCAAUCCGCAGGGAGGCCAGGACCGUGUGCGAGCUGCUGCGGCACCCCGAGGGCCGACGGGAGCCCCUGCUGUACGCGCUGCUGGGCUUUCUGUUCAGCCUGAGCCUGGUGCACGUGUUCGCGCUCGCCUGGCUGCUCGGCGUCCGCGCCCCGCUGCCCUGGGGCUACCGGGCCCUGAACGGGGCCGCCCUGGCCGCGCAGGCAGCGCUCUGGGCCGUCUUCCCCUUCGUCGCCUUCCGGAUGGCUUGGGAGAGCAGCAGCCGCUGGUGCCAGGCCAACGCUGAGUUGCGCAUCUUGCUGCCCGACCAGCCCGCCGGAACGAGGGCCAAGCAGCGCUGAACGCGCUUGCCGACGACGCGCUGAACGCGAAUGCCGAUCCCGGGACUCCAUUAAAAAUUGCCUCCACGCCAGCCACUUCCUUCCUGCGCUUCGCGGACUAGCGGUACACUCGAGAAGACAAGGCUCGCUCAUUACGUCAUAGCUGCUGGACCCCCGACCACAGCACCCAAGCGGAAAACAGGCUGCAUCUGGACGAGAGUACGCGACAUCGCGGCGGACGCGUGCAUCUUGGCGUAAUACCGCUUAGAAGACGAGGCCAACUAGGCCUGCGUCCUCAUCCCCUCCCCUCUGGAAACACCUGCACCCGACCCCGCCUGCAGAGUCUCACAACAAGAGCGACGCUGUAGAGUGCGGCGUCGCCACGAAGGGGAGACGCGGCUAUCGCUUCGCGGCGACUCUCGUCGAUGGAGCUUC